GAAUUAAUAAAUGGUCUAAAUGAAGAAACAGUUAGACGUCUGGCUGUUGAAUUGUUAAGACGCCAACCUGCAGUGUUUGCUGACUUAGUAAAUGGCGAGUUACCAAACAAUGUCAACACAGAUACACCAGGAGAAACAGGGCCCCCAGAAAGUAGCGAUUCGCCUGAUUGGUGCAAGUGUGGUUUGUGUGUAGCCAUGCCAACUCAAGCGGAAAAUAAAUGCUGCACGCAAGUUGUCCGAGAAUGCAUAACAAUAGACCCAUUAUUCCAUCAGAUUGUAUUAGACGGAAAUAUUUUAGAUGUGGCAAUGAGGUAUAUGGAGGACAUGUUGGCAAUGGAAAAUCCACGAAAUAAUGAGAACUUCAGGCAUGCUGCGUAUAGACAAUUUGUUCUUUGGCAGCAUGGGAGACUUGGGCAAGGCAACAGGCGGGUAGUACCAAGCUGUUGUGUAAAGGCAAUAAGAAACCGCUACCCAUCACCUAAUGGUAUUUAU